AUGGAAAACGCGCAGCUCAAAAAAGUGAUAGCGGGAGCAGUUCAAAUUCAGCCUCUGCAAGUGUCAAGAGCGAUGACCGGAGACGGAUUGAUGCUGGGUUUUUCCCGCGGAACAGCUGCGGAAACAUCGUACGCGGCAGCAAAAACGUCGGUGUGGUGGGAUAUAGAAAAUUGUCAGGUACCCAGGGGAUGUGACGCCCAUGGAAUCGCUCAGAAUAUAAACACGGCAUUAAUGAAUAUGAACUAUCAUGGACCAGUCACCAUUUCCGCCUAUGGUGACACCAAUAUCAUUCCCUCGUCCAUUCAAGGAGCCCUCUCUACUACUGGAAUCAGCCUCAAUCACGUCCCAGCCGUGACUAAGGAUGCUAGUGAUAAGAAAAUUUUGGUGGAUAUGAUAUUUUGGGCAGUGGACAAUCCUGCACCUGCCAAUUAUUUGCUCAUUUCAGGAGAUGGGGAUUUCUCCAAUGCCAUUCAUCAGUUGCGGAUGAGGAAAUAUAAUAUUCUUCUAGCACAACCUGUUUAUGCUUCUCCUGCUCUUGCUGUGGCUGCCACAAAUGUGUGGCAAUGGACAAGCCUUGCUGCUGGAGGAUCUCCACGAGGACUUCCUUUUCGUACCAAUACAUUACCUCAAAAUUAUAUACCAACUCCAAUUUCUAAACCUAUAUUAGCUAACCAACCUGCUUAUUCCAAUACCAAUACCAAUGCUAAUGCUUCCAGGGCCCAAAGUUUAUCUAAUCCUGGAUGCUAUUUUGAUACAAAAACUAAAGCUAUUUAUCUACCUAAGAACUCCAAUCAACUGACUAUGGCCGGCACGUCAAGCAGACCAGCUAUAGUUGAAGAAACUAGUAGCAGGUAUUGCCCACGCGCACCAGCUGUUGCACUAGUGCAGUUUGUACCACAUCUCUUUUUCACAAAGUCUGAUAGUUCAGAGAUCCACAACAGUAAAUUCAUAGAAAAUAAGCCUGCUCAGCGUACUCAAUCCCAACCUUUUCUUGUUCCAGAUAACUUUGUGAAAUUGAACUCUUGCCAGGACCCCCCGCUUCAACGACCUGAAGAUUCUGCUGAUUUCUCUACACCAUUUGUACAUAAUCCUAACGCUGGCAUGGGUAGGGGUGAUUUAUGUGGUUCUAUGAACAAGGCUGAUGUACGUCCUGAGUUCUCCUUUCUUCCACCCUCAUUGGGUGUUUCUAAAUCUGUUCGAGAAGAUUUUGCCUACCAAAGAAAACCUUCGUUAUUGUAUACGUUAUAG